AUGGCGGGAAGGAAUGAUGCUGCAAUUGCUGCUGCUUUGGAGGCGAUGGCCCAAGCCUUGGAACAUCAGCCAAACGUUGGCGAGAAUGCCGCUUCUCGCAAUUUGGCUACUUUCCAAAGAGAGAACCCUCCUGUGUUUAAGGGAACUUAUGAUCCUGAUGGCGCAUUGACAUGGCUAAAGGAGAUUGAGAGAAUCUUUCGUGUGAUGGAUUGCACUCCUGAUCAGAAGGUUCAGUUUGGAACUCAUAUGCUAGCUGUCGAGGCGGAUGAUUGGUGGCUAGAGACCCGUAGGAGGUUGGAGGCCAAUGGUGAGGAGAUCUCUUGGAUUGGAUUCCGCAUGGAGUUUUUAAGGAAGUACUUUCCCGAGGAUGUCCGUGGCAAGAAGGAGAUUGAAUUCCUUGAGCUGAAACAAGGGAACAAGUCUGUUGUGGAGUAUGCUGCUAAGUUUGGUGAAUUGGCUAAGUUUUACCAAUACUAUGAUAGACCGAAUGGUGAGUUUUCCAAGUGCAUUAAGUUUGAGAACGGUUUGCGCCCGGAAAUCAAGAAGGCGGUUAGUUAUCAGAAGAUUCGUAUCUUUCCUGAUUUGGUGGAUAGUUGUCGGAUUUAUGAGGAAGACAACAAUGCUCAUUAUCGUGUGAUUAAUGAGAAGAGGGGAAAGAGUCAACAAGGUCGUGGUAAGCCUUACGACGCUCCGAGUGGAAAGGGUAAGGAGAAAGUUACUGAUGGCAAGAGAACUAGUGGGGGAGAUGCACCUGCUGGUGUUACGUGCUUCAAGUGUGGCAAGGUUGGCCAUAAGAGCACUGUGUGUACUGCUGAUGCCAUGAGGAGCAGUGUUGUAAAAACCGGACCGGACCGACCGGUCGGACCGGUUGGACCGGGAACUGGCCAGGUUCUAGAAAGAGGAGAAAAGACUGAUAACCUUCAUCAUCAGACUGAUAGAGGGAAGACUGAUUCAGCUCAAAGUUUAGUUCAAAAUUAUGAUAGUAAGGACUUGCGAUCUAAAUUAACUGCUGAGAUGACUUCAUUAAAAAAUUGUGAAGGUGGUUUUGGAAGGACAACAACAGUAGAAAACCGAGAUGAAGUUUUGCCAGAUCAAUGGUGGGACACUUAUGGAACUGAAGCGCCGAAUUUGCAAAAGCUGGCUAUUCAAAUUUUGAGUCAAACUUGUAGUGCAUCUGGUUGUGAACGAAAUUGGAAUGUGUUUGAACACAUUCAUUCAAAAAAGAGAAAUAGGUUGGAGCAUCAAAAGCUUAACGAUCUUGUUUAUGUUCGUUACAAUUUACAGCUACAAAAUAGGUAUUGCACUUAUUAUGCUUUAUAUGCUAUUGUUUUGAUACUUGAUGACAUGAAUAUUGGUACUAUGGUUAAGAAUAUAUGA